AUGGAUAAAUCCGUGCCCGAAACAAGCGGUUCCAAGCCUUCCGUUGCAAACGCAAAUUUUAGCAACAACGUUAGUGGCAGCGGAAAGGGCAAACGACCGUUUCUCGGUUUGCUGUCGAAGCGUUCGUCACGUGUUGAGCCGCAACGAUGUUCGGAGAGUGAAGACGAGCAGCAAACGGUCGACAGUGGAUCGAGUUUUAGUUUGCUCGGGCAUCAUCACCCUAUUCCGCCACAGCACGCAACGAAAGCAAAUAGCAAUAGUAGCAGAAACAGUAACGGUGGUACCGUAACCGCUACGACUACAUCAACUAGCAGCACCAACCAACGGCAAGAUUCGUCCAAUCCAAGUGAUACCAACUCAUACCAGCUGCUCUCAACGUCAUCAACGACGACAACUACUACCACCACCUCGUCAACGGGACCGGAAGGCUCAACUGCGACGAAAAUUCCGACCGCGGUACGAAAGCGAGACAAUUCCUCCACCCGUAUCUCGCUUGACAAUCGUUUGAGUAGUUAUGUUGCAGGAGGAAACACAUCCACCACUAGCGGAGGCGGAGGACAGUUUAAUCUCUGUUGCUCGAUCGACGAAGCAAUUGUGAAGUCACCGCCACGGAAUCGCUACUCGCACCCAGCUACGGGCAGUUCUAGUGCAGGCAGUGAUUCGUACGAUCUUGAAAUGCAGCAGCGUCGGCAACAGCUGAAGUUGGAACUAACGGCUAAAUCGAGCACCAGCUAUCCAAUAGAGAAGACAAGCCCAUUGCGCCACCGUCGACCACUGGAGGUGGGGCCACGAGUUGAAACGCCGCAGGAGGAAUACGACGUCAAUGGACGUACUCCGAAAGCGACCGUAUCACUCGUGAACAAUCGUGUGGUAACGAAACCGAUCGUGUUCCGCGAAUACCAGAACCACACGCAACGUGCAAUUAUGUCGAGCAAGUCAAGGUUCAAGGAACGGUUCCUGCCACCUCUGCAUCGCUGCAAUAUGGACGGUUAUGAAAAAAUGGAACAGCACUACAGCUCUCCGAAUAUUGCUGAAAAGGAGGACGAUUUAUUACUCCCUGGUGGAUGCGAUCCUCACGAUCAGCGCGAAUCUCGCAAGUCAAUGUCGUUCGACAUGGUAACCACUGCAUCCGGUGAGGUCGGGAUCGGAAGCAGUGUACACGAAUCGGAAACGAAUGCAAAAGCCCCUCCUGGAUCGGCCGAUUCACUCGCUCGCCAAGCACUGAUGGCAGCACACGUGCUCAACUUGAUUCCGGCAGAAAAGGCACGCCAGCGAAACUUCUUACAUGGGCGGCUCGGAUCGACUUCGCUGUUAGGUGCAACGGAACUGGACAAGAUACUUCCGACACGUGAAGUCACCAUCUUUAUUGGCACGUGGAACAUGAACGGCCAGAGUCCACCGCGCCAGAUGAACGAUUUCGUGCUACCAACUGCGCUCGAGCACGUACCGGAUAUUAUUGUUUUCGGCACACAGGAGUCCUGCUCGGAACGGUUCGAGUGGGAGGUAACGUUACAGGAAACGUUGGGCCCUUCGCACAUACUGUUACAUUCCACCAGCCUAGGUACGCUACAUUUGGCAGCCUUUAUCCGACGCGACUUGAUAUGGUUUUGCUCGGAACCGGAAGAUGCCUGCCUUUCGGUACGGCCCGGUACAGCGUUCCGUACUAAGGGUGCGGUCGCGAUCUCGUUCUGCCUGUUUGGCACUUCGUUCCUGUUCGUAACGUCUCACCUGACGGCACACCAGCAGAAAGUGAAAGAGCGCGUAUCGGACGUGAAAAAAAUCAUCCAUGCACUCGAUCUUCCCCGCAAUCUGACUGUGAAACACCGGAACAAGGACGUUACGCAAAACUUCGACAGCGUGUAUUGGUGUGGGGAUCUAAAUUUUCGUCUGGGCGAACCGAGGGAGAAGCUGAUGCAGUGGAUCGAAACGACACAGUUUCCGCUACCGGCCCAUUUGCCGCACGGGUUUAUGCAUACGGAUCAGCUUACUUCCGUGCUAUCGGAUGGAGCCGCCUUUCGUGGGUUCCGAGAGGCCAAAAUUACCUUCCCGCCGACGUAUAAGUACGAUCCCGGCACACAGCGUUUUGAUUCGUCCAGUAAACAACGUGCUCCCGCGUACACUGAUCGGAUUUUGUACAAAUUUAAACCCUUGCCAGUAACUACCGUUCAUCGGCGUAGCUCAAAUUUACCUCCUGGAGGAAAAAUUUCGCACCCUCCUUCGCCGGUUAAAUGUUUGGCGUAUGAUUCGGUACAGAGUAUAACAUCAUCCGAUCAUAAGCCGGUGUGGGCACUGUUCCGCAAUAUUAUCCGACCGGGUAUUGAUACCAUACCACUCGCAGCAGGACUGUUCAAUCGGGAGGUUUAUCUAGAAGGUAUGAAACGCCGUUUGGACAAUUCUGGAGCGGGAUCUUCAGCCGUGUGCAACAUACAAUGA